AUGUCUGCCGGGCAAGCAGAAAAUAUCGAAAGCGAUGAGGAAACAACUAAUCUGCUGUACAAUUUCUUGAUUGAAAAAGCGAAAACCGCCGAAUCUCCGUUGAAAAUCAAAGAAUUGUGUAAAGAAUUUCUGACAGAAACGAAGUCGGCGCUCACAGUCAAUAGUUUGAGUACAAAAAUCUUUGAAUAUCGUGUAAAAAUUCAUGAACUCGAAAACAUGGACGAAGAGACGAAAAUUCGAAUGAUAUUCGCUUUGAGCGCUUCGGUCGACAGUGGUUUUCUUUUAAAAAUUAAGGAAUCUGGAGACGUUCAAACAGAUCAUGCACGGAGAAUUACUGAGUACAAAAAGAAAGGAGGCGGUUUCGAAUUGAGAGGAAUUCAUCUCUGUCCACACCGUUUGAGCCAGGAAAGAGAAAAGAAAAUGUUGGAGUUUCUAGCGAAAAAGUCACAGACGACCGAUUAUGUGUUGACUGACUCUACAUUUAUAACAGAAUUUCAAAAUUACUCUAAGACUUCAGUCUCACUCUCGAUAUUAGAUAGCAGAUAUCGGGCCAUCAAAAGACACUUGCAUUCGUCCACUCACUUCGCUGACAGUACUAAAGUCAAAAUGAUGUUUAUAUCUGGAGCGGUGGUUUCAGAAAAAUAUUUGAAGAAACUUGAAGAAAACGCCGAAGUGAAGCUUGAUUCCAAAAACAGAAUCACCAAAUACGUGGCAAAUGACAAAAGUCUGAAGUUGAAAGGAGAACACAGUUUGUCUGCGAAAAGAAGAUCAGAGAUGACUCACAGGAUCAAUGACACCGUGGAUGAUGCUCUCGAAUCUGAUAAAGAUGACAAAGAAAGCGUGAAAAAUGAUGAGAAAAAAGAUGAAUUGACAAGAAGUGGAAGAGUGUCAAGAAAAAGAGUGUCAAGCUACGGUGUACUGUUUGAUCAAAAUGAUUUGGAAAGGAAGCCGUUGACAAGUUAUAUAGAUGUCACUAAUAUUGCUGAAUCUAUUAGCCGGAAGAAACCGAAGAUAAGCGAAAAGAGUUCUGAGAAAACUAUCAAAACUGAAGACACUGUGAAUGGUGAUUCAAACUGUAAUCUGGGAAGUGAUAACGUCUCAAUUUCUAUGAAUGUGGAGUUGAUCAAAAAUGAAGAAGUUUCAUCGCCGAGCCCGAUUAAUCAUCAGGAUAUUUCAAAGGAUUCAGGAACAGAAAGUGUUGACUCGAAGCCAGAUGUGCAAUCACGAACAUUGGAUUCUACUGGAGUCAAAACUAUAAAAACCGAGAAUAAUCAAGACAAACGUGAUGUAUUAACAGAACAAUCACAGGACUGGGUUAGUCUUCAAGAGUUUCUGAAAUUGUUGUAUUCUCCUGUCGUCACUUUGGAUUCCGUCAAGCUUUACAUAAUUCAACAGAAGAUGAAAGAAAAGAUCAAGGAAUUGAGACAUCAAGAUGAAGAAGUUCCAAUCGAAGUUAUUCGUUCUUCUUUGGAAUCAUGCCUCUACAUAUUCACAAAAAGUGCGGAACUGAGUGCAACACCAGAAGAUACGACGCCGAAGCUGAAAGAUUUAGUUCUGAUUCUACUAAUGGUCACUUGUUAUUAUGAUCGAUCCCUUUAUGAGCUCCAACGGAAAUUGAGGACCUUGACAAAUGAUCCCGAAAAUCAGACGAAGACAGUGGCAAUGGAGAAGGUCUUAUCUGCUUUCGAGACGAUGCUCAAUAUUGUCUGCCAUUAA